CGCAAACUUGCAGUAGUGCUAAAAUUGCAUGGUACUAGCCUUCCCAUCAUUCAACGUCACCAUUUUAUUAGAACCAACACUGAUCUUUUCCCUACCCCCCACACCAAAACCGCAGCUCAUUCCCAAAAAUUCAUAACCAUAUAUAAUAUGGCUUCAAGCAUUUCUUCAACAUCUCCCUCCAUUAAUUCUGAUCAUCAGCUUGAUGCAGAUUCUCCCACAACACAAAUACUCCCGUUAAAGCCAAUCCCCGGCCACUAUGGCCUUCCCAUUCUUGGAGCGAUCAGGGACCGCUAUGACUACUUUUACAGCCAAGGCCGGGACAACUUCUUCCGAACCCGAAUGAAAAAACUCAAUUCCACAGUGUUUCGAACCAACAUGCCUCCCGGACCCUUCAUUGCUUCCAACCCUAAAGUCAUAGCUCUCCUUGAUGCCAUUAGCUUUCCUGUCCUCUUUGACACCUCCAAAGUUGAAAAGCUGAACGUUCUUGACGGAACUUACAUGCCCUCCACCUCCUACACUGGCGGCUACCGUGUUUGCGCUUAUCUCGACCCCUCCGAACCCGGCCACCCUGUUAUCAAGCGUUGGUUUUUCUCCCUUCUCGCCGCGCGCCACAAUAAAUUCAUCCCUAUUUUUCGACACUGCUUGUCCGAGCUUUUCAUCAACCUUGAAGAACAAGUAUCCGACAAAGCAGCUGGCGGCAAGGCGGACUUCAACAUUCUUAGUGACGCCAUGUCUUUCAACUUCGUGUUUAGGCUCUUCUGUGAUCGAAGCCCUUCAGAUACAAAGCUCGGACCAGACGAUGGACCCAAACUGUUUGAUUUAUGGUUGUUUUUCCAACUUGCACCUUUGAUCACACUAGGGUUUCCAAAAUGGUUUAACUUCCUCGAAGAUUUAUUGUUGCAUACGAUUCCUCUACCGGCAUUUCUCGUUAAAUCCAGCUACAAGAAGCUGUACGAUGCUUUCUACCAGUCGACUGGGCCGAUUUUGGAUGAAGCAGUAAAGGGUUUUGGGAUAAGUAAGGAUGAAGCUUGCCAUAACCUAGUUUUCAUGGCGGGUUUUAAUGCUUACGGUGGAUCGAAGACCUUGUUCCCUGCAUUGAUCAAGUGGGUCGGAUUGGCAGGAAAGAAUUUGCACCGCCAGUUGGCUGAUGAAAUCAGGACCAUUGUUAGGGACGAAGGUGGGGUCACUUUAUCAGCGUUGGAAAAGAUGACUCUGACCAAAUCAGUGGUCUACGAAGCAUUGAGGAUUGAACCUCCGGUUCCGUUCCAAUACGGUAAGGCAAAGGAGGAUAUGGUGGUCCACAGCCACGAUGCUUCUUUUGAGAUCAAGAAGGGCGAUAUGAUCUUCGGAUAUCAGCCAUUCGCCACAAAAGAUCCCAAGAUUUUUUAUGAUCCGGAGGAGUUUGUGGGCCAUAGGUUUUUAGGUGAUGGAGAGAAGCUAUUGAAGUACGUUUACUGGUCAAACGGGCGUGAGAUUGAUGAUCCAACGGCGGAGAACAAGCAGUGCCCGGGGAAGGAUCUGGUGGUGCUAAUGUCUAGGGUAAUGCUGGUGGAACUUUUCCUUCGUUAUGACACGUUCACGAUCGAGGCCGGAACGUUGCUUCUGGGGUCAUCGGUGACGUUCACGUCGUUGACCAAGGCAAGCAGCAUUAAUUAA